AUUAUUUAAUUUGGUUACAUCUCAUUCUAACCCAUAAUGCUUCCAUCUCUCUACUCUACUUAAACCCCUUCUCUCUCAAUCUCAAUUCCCAACAAACUUUUUUUCCUUUUAAUCUCCAUUCAAUCACAAGCUACCCAACUAGAAAUGGGUGACCAUGAUGAGCAGCAGAAGAAGCAUCAGAAGUUUGAGAAAAGUUAUUUUGAUGUGUUAGGGCUUUGUUGUACAUCAGAAGUUCCAUUGAUUGAGAAUAUUUUGAAGUCUCUUGAUGGAAUCAAAGAGUUUUCAGUUGUUGUUCCCACAAGAACAGUUAUUGUUCUGCAUGAUAAUCUCCUCAUUUCUCAGCUUCAAAUUGUGAAGGCACUAAAUCAAGCAAGGCUAGAAGCAAAUGUAAGAGUAAAAGGAGAUACAAGUUACCAAAAGAAAUGGCCGAGCCCGUUCGUUAUAGCAUGUGGUGUAUUACUUGCCUUAUCACUGUUGAAGUAUGUCUAUCAUCCUCUCCGUUGGCUCGCUCUUGCCGCCGCCGCCGUUGGCGUACCUCCUCUUUUCUUGAAAGCCAUUGCUUCCAUCAGAAAUCUUAGGUUCUUUGAUGUCACCAUUCUUGUUCUCAUUGCAGUAAUUGCGACAGUUGCUAUGGAAGAUUUUACUGAGGCAGGAUUUAUUGUCUUUCUCUUUACAAUUGCUCAAUGGCUCGAGUCUAGAUCAAGCCACAAGGCCAAAGCAAUAAUGUCGUCAUUGAUGAGCAUAACACCUCAAAAAGCAGUGAUAGCUGAAAGUGGGGAAGAAGUGGAUGCUGAUGAGGUGAAAUUAAACACAGUAAUUGCAGUGAAAGCUGGUGAAAUUAUAGCUAUUGAUGGUAUUAUUGUAGAUGGAUCUUGUGAUGUUGAUGAGAAAACUUUAACUGGCGAAUCAUUUCCUGUUUCGAAACAAAAAGAUUCGACUGUUUGGGCGGGCACCAUCAACCUUAACGGUUAUAUUAGUGUUAAAACUACGGCAUUGGCUGAAGAUUGUGUAGUAGCGAAAAUGGCUAAGCUAGUAGAAGAAGCUCAAAACAGCAAGACUAAAACUCAAAGAUUAAUUGAUAAAUGUUCCAUGUAUUACACUCCAGCGGUUAUUAUUAUAGCAGUUGGCAUAGCAGUGAUUCCCUUGGCAUUAGGAGUUCACAACCGUAGAAAAUGGUUUCGCUUGGCAUUGGUUUUUUUAGUAAGUGCAUGCCCAUGUGCUCUUAUUCUCUCCACACCUAUUGCAACCUUCUGCGCUCUCACGAAAGCUGCGAAAUGCGGUGUUUUAAUCAAAGGCGGAGAUUAUCUCGAAACUCUCGCCAAGAUUAAGGUCAUGGCUUUCGACAAGACCGGUACUAUCACAAGAGGUGAAUUUGUCGUCGCAGAGUUUCAGUCUCUUUGCGAAGAUGUUAGCUUAGAUACAUUGGUAUAUUGGGUAGCAAGCGUUGAAAGCAAGUCAAGUCAUCCAAUGGCAGCUGCACUUGUCGAAUAUGGAAAGAGUUUAUCAAUGGAGCCGAACCCUGAAAACGUGACGGACUUUCAGAAUUUUCCUGGAGAAGGAAUUUUCGGUAGAAUUGAUGGAAAAAAAAUUUAUAUUGGAAACAGAAAGAUUGGUCACAGAGCUGGAUGUUCAACGAUUCCGACACUAGAUAAGAAUAGCGGAAAGACAGUUGGAUAUGUGUACUCCGGCGCCACUCCGGCUGGAAUUUUCAGUCUCAGUGAUGCCUGCAGAACUGGCGCGGCUGAAGCGGUUAGAAAGCUGAAAUCAAUGAGUGUGAAAACUGCAAUGUUGACAGGAGAUAGCCAAGCAGCAGCAAUGCAUGCUCAAGAACAGCUAGGACACGCUCUUGACAUAGUCCACGCAGAGCUCCUACCGGAAGACAAGGCCAAAAUUAUCGAAGAGUUCAAGAAAGAAGGCCGAACAGCAAUGAUCGGAGAUGGCGUAAACGACGCUCCUGCAUUAGCUACAGCUGAUAUUGGAAUUUCAAUGGGAAUUUCAGGUUCAGCUCUGGCAACAGAGACGGGACAUGUAAUUCUUAUGUCGAACGACAUUCGAAAAGUGCCAGAAAUGAUCAAUCUUGCAAGAAAAGCUCGCAGGAAAGUAAUUGAGAAUGUCUUCUUGGCAAUUUCUACCAAAGCUGCUAUUCUUGCCUUGGCAUUUGCUGGUCAUCCACUUGUUUGGGCUGCUGUUCUUGCCGAUGUUGGAACGUGCUUGCUUGUUAUCUUCAAUAGCAUGCUUCUCCUCCGAGGCAUCGGAGAAGGAAAAUCCCACAAACAUAUCGGAAAGUGCUGCAAAUCAUCAUCAUCGUCAGCUGCGACAAAUACUAAGAAAUGCGACGAUCAUGGAAAAUCUUCUCAGACUCACCAGCACAAUCACAAGCACAAGCACUGCUGCUCUCCCCGGAAAGUAGAAACAGCAACAAAACCUAACCCUAACCCUCAUCAGCAUAAGCACUGCUGCGCACCCCCGAAAGUCGAAACAAAGUCACACCUUAACUCUAACCCUAACGAUUCUGUUGACCUAGAAGCCAACAUUAAUCCACACGAACAUUCUUGUCAUCAAGAUUCUGAUCAUCAUCACUGUAAUUCUAGUCAUUCAAAUCCUUCUAGUGAUACCAAAGAAGUGGCCCAAAAGAUUAUCAAGGAUGAUCAUCAUUGCCAAUCUAAUCACAGCCAUCAAGUUUCUGAUCACCAUCACUGUAAUUCUAUUCAUGAUACCGAAGAAGUGGACCGAAAGAUCAUCAAGGAUGAUCAUCAUUGCCAUUCUAAUCACGGCCAUCAAGUUUCUGAUCAUCAUCACUGUAAUUCUGUUCAUUCUAGUCCUUCUAAAGAUACCGAGGAAGUGGCCCGAGAGAUCAUCAAGGACGAUCAGCAUUGCCAUUCUAAUCACAUCCAUCAAAUUUCUGAUCAUCAUCACUGUAAUUCCAUUCAUUCAAGUCCUUCUAGAGAUACCGAAGAAGUGGCCCGAAAGAUCAUCAAGGACGAUCAUCAUUGCCAUUCUAAUCAAGGCCAUGUUAUUCACAUACAAGAUGAUUCUGAAGUAACUACUGUCGAAUCAGGCAUCAACCAUCAUAAGCAUCAUGAUCACCAAUCAGGUAUUCAUGAUCAUCAUAGGCCUCAUGAUCACCAAUCAUGUAUCAACCAUCAUAGGCCUCAUGAUCAUCAAGAUAUGACCUGUAAUGAAACAACAAAAACGACGCGGCAUACGCAUUGCAAGAGCUUGGAGACGAGAGAAAUUGGAGGCUGCUGCAAGAGUUAUAUGAAGGAAUGUUGUGGUAAGCAUGGACAAUUUGGUGGAGGAUUACAAGAAAUUAUCAUGGAGUAGAAACAAAAGAUAGCUAGGCAUUUUUUGUGAAAUGCAAAUUGGAAUAGCCAACUAUGAUAUAUAAAUAAUCAAUAAAAAUCAAAUGAAAAUAGUUUGCAUAUUACAAAUGAAAUAAUGUAUAUAUUUAAAUUAAACAAAAUGAUAUGGUUCAGUCAAUUGUAAUAUA